AUGCGCCAGCUGAUGCCAGAGAGGCGAAUCUUAGCCUUCGAGCGCUCCAGCUUGGUCUUGGCAGCCACGGCUUUCAUGGGGGGCUUUCUCGAGGACGAGCAGCUGGAGGUGCGACUAGCCGAUAUCUUCUCCGAGAGUGCAGGCCCAAGAGAACCGCUGCUUCUCAUGGCUGUCGAUGUGGCCGUUGACGGGGGCGACUGGGGCGACGGACGACUGCCCGAGGAGCUCGAGAGCACAGAGACCUGGUCAGGUCUACUGGAAUGGCUCGACAGAGGUGGCCGCCUGGUCGCUAACCUGGGCUCCCUCAGUCGAGGCCUGAGCUUGCGAUCGCAGGCGGCCCUAAGAGCUCUGACUGCAGCGGCAGAGGCGAAGUCCCUAAAGGUGUGGCUGACGAGAUAUGCCAACAGCCAGGAGGAUGUCCCGGUUUUCGACGGUUUCGACACUCUGCCGGAUGACUGCCAAGAUGCCAAUUUGCUUGCCAUGAUCGGCACAGAAGUUUCGGAUGCCGCUUGGGACGACGUGCAGCGAGGUCGCUUGCACAGGCCUGUCAGCUGGAGCCUGUUCGUGCCGAAGGGAGCCUCGAAGAUCGACUGA